AUGUUCCUAGAACGUCUACGUAACGCGUCUCCUAAUAACGCGUACGUGAUGGAGUCUUUCGACGUUACCGCACUGUACACCAACGUAUCGAAUGACUCCGCAAUGCAAGCCAUCUUCGAACUUCUUGUUGAACAUGAAGGAAGAAUAAAUAUGCAUGGCUUGUCCAUCCAGCAGCUAAUGGCUCUCUUAAAGGAAUGCCUAAAUUGCUCGAUUUUCAGAUGGUCUGGGAAAUAUUUCGCGCAAAUAAGGAGGUUGGCAAUGGGACAGCGAUUGGCACCAAGCCUUGCCAUUGUGUUUAUGCCUAAGAUAGAAGCCCCUGUUCUCAAUUUCCGGCCACUACUCUACUGCAGAUAUGUAGAUGAUUGUGUUGUCGUCUUCUCCACGCAGGAGGAGAUAGACAAAUACUACGAGUUACUGAACGAGCAGUCUGAGUACAUUAAGUUCACCGGUGAGAAACCGAGAAAAAACUGGCUUCCGUUUUUGGACGUCCAAAUAAACCUAUCAAGUAGCGGUUACCUGACAAAGUGGUAUCGAAAGCCAAGUAAUAAGAACAUCCUUGUUCAUUUCCUUUCUUCCCACCCUUCACACACAAAGAGGGCGAUUGUGAGAAACAUGUUUCGAACAGCCAUCUCUGUGUGCAAUACCAGGGAACUAAAGGAAGAGUGGCGCGACUUGGCUCGGCAAAUAGCCAUCUCUAAUGGCUAG